UGGGUUUGGAUGGUGCCUGGCUCCUCCGGGCUGCUCCGGCUGGGCGCCGGGGUCGCGCCCCCACCGGUUCUGCUCGCCGCGGCCCAGCCCCCCGCGGCCCCGCUGCUCCCGGGGUUGCCCGGCUGGCCAGCCCCGGGCGAGCCCUUGCUACCACUCCUGCCUCUGCCCUCUGCGCCAGACCACGCCGCCGUGCACCACUAUCCCCUGCUCCACGGACAGUGGCUGUUUGGUGGCCAUUCUCCGUCCAUAGGACUGUCCCCCUCCACUGCUGUGGAGUUGGUGCCCAUUUUCCCACAAGUCUGCGCUUCCACUCUGCCACCUCCUGUUGGGAAGAGUUGGAUAGAUAAAAGGAUGCCUAAUUGCAAGAUCUUUUUUAAUAAUUCCUUUGCUCUGGAUUCAAUGUGGAUACAUCCUGAGGAGUCAAGACUGUUUCAUGGACAUGAAAAGCCUCAUGUCCUGGCGAAUCAAGUAGCUCUGUCUCUGUCCAGACCAGUACCAGCAUCUAGACCUCUUCCCACCAUGGUGUUAGCACCUCCACCUCUACCAGGUGGUUGCCACAGCAGCCUUAAGCCGAUCAGCAACAGUCCCACCAUUGCCAUCGCUGCUGCUGCAGCCGCUGCCGCUGCUGCCAUGGUCUCUGUGGACCCCGAGGGACUCCGGAGCCCAGCCCCCUCCAGUGUGCAGCCAUGCCAUUUCCUGACAUUGGCACCCAUCAAAAUACCCUUGCGGACGACCCCCUUCUCAGAUAAAAGCAAAGAGCACAGCCGAGCACCCUGCUCUCCUGCCCUGAUGCUACGCGCGGCAGAGAGGAAGAGCCGGGCCGGAGACAAAGAAGAUAAGGAGCUUCCAUCUAUGCUAGUGAGGAGGGAGGACAGCACAACAAAAGGCAACAGACCUGUGGCUUCCACCCCAGUACCUGGAUCCCCCUGGUGCGUGGUCUGGACAGGCGACGACCGAGUUUUCUUCUUCAACCCGACAAUGCAGCUUUCUGUCUGGGAAAAACCGGUGGACCUGAAAAACCGCGGGGACCUCAAGAGGAUCAUUGAGGACCCACCCCACAAGCGCAAGCUGGAGGCCUCAGCAACCGACAGCAGUGAUGGAUCCAGUUCAGAAGAUGGCAGGGAAGAGCAAAAUGUGAAAACCAAGAGGAAUCGGAUGGAAGGCUGUGAGAGUCCCUGUCUGGAGGAAGCAGAGCAGGAGGACAAAGGCGCACGGACACCGCCCCCUAAGAUUCUCCUGCCCCUGGAGGAGCGCGCAACCCAUUUCCGAGACAUGCUCCUGGAAAGAGGGGUGUCAGCAUUUUCUACUUGGGAGAAAGAAUUACACAAAAUUGUCUUUGACCCACGCUAUCUCCUGCUAAACUCUGAGGAAAGAAAACAGAUAUUUGAACAGUUUGUCAAGACAAGAAUAAAAGAAGAAUACAAGGAAAAGAAAAGUAAAUUGCUGCUAGCCAAAGAAGAAUUCAAAAAACUUCUAGAAGAAUCUAAAGUGUCACCCAAGACCACGUUUAAAGAGUUUGCUGAGAAGUAUGGCCGGGAUCAGAGAUUUCGACUUGUUCAAAAAAGAAAAGACCAGGAACAUUUUUUCAACCAAUUCAUACUUAUUCUUAAGAAACGGGACAAGGAAAACAGACUAAGGCUACGGAAAAUGAGAUGAGUCUGUGAAAAGUGCAAUACGCCGUGUGGGGCAGCUGAGAGUGCAGCUAGGGAAGAUUACAGAGGCAGCAGGCAAGGUCUCUCUGGCAGAGCUGAGGCAGGCUGGGGCGCUGCGGGUAUUUUGUUCUCAGAGGAUUACUGUUUCAUAUUGAAGCUCUCUCUUUUGUACAACGUUCAGAGUUUGAUGCAUUUCUAAUUGCCAUGAUAUGUUGAUCCCUUAAUUGUUUUAAUUAUGCAAAUUACUUGUAAUAUACAUAAAUUAUAAAUCCACUGCAGGUUUGUAACUAAGCAGAACCAGGCACCAUCUAUAAUGAUCUCAAAGCAUUUUCAUCACUCAAAAGGAUUAUCUCAAACUUCUCUGAAACAUUUGCGAGUUACUUCAUUUCUGCAGGAUUUCUGUGGUGUUGAGGAACUCUUAACUCCAGUGUCCCUAGGUCUCAGUCUCGUUUUCUGAGUAGUAGCAAUAGGGUUUUAUCAUUCAUCAUAGUGACAAGCAGAUAUUUGACACAUGGACCAUGGAUCACCUGCAGGUAGCUAAGGGUGACCUCAUUCACCUGUGAGGGGUAUCCAGGCCAGGAGAAGGAUGCCACAUCGGCCAUCAGAGGUCCUACAUAGAGAAUUAUUUUGUACAAAAUCAUCAUAUUAAUAUUUGAGUUAUUUUUAUUGUAUGCCCAGAGUUUGCAUGAGAUUUUUCUCAUCAUCUUUGUAUAAAAAUUUUAAAUUUUUUUAAUUAAUAAAUAUUUUAAACCAGUA